CAGGAAUGGUCGAAUGGAACGGAAUUUUCCGGUUACUCCGAUUUUCCGGAAUUUUAGGCCAACCUCGCGAGGUACACCCAAAAUUUCGGAAUGAAAUUGCGGAAAAUGUCUGUUCCAUUCGCUUCCCGACCCGGAAUUUCCUGAAUAUUUGACGGUCGAAUGCGGAAAAAGCCUCAUGAUGAACUCCGAAGCGGCCAAAAGUAUAUCCGGUGAUUUUCGGAAAUGUAAACAAUUUGCGGUUUCUACGACACUUCAGUUACACUUACCCUUAAAUUUCCAAGUAUUCUUGAGGAAGCUUUCCUCGACCUCUACCGUAAUUGGAAACUACAUUUUACCGACCCUUUAAGCGUGUGUUGAUCACGUGUAGGGUAUAUACAACAAAAUAUAAAGACAUUGCUACCGACCUUGCUUCGUAAAGAGUUCAACUGGUCUUCAAGCGAACAAGAUUGUGCUUGAGCCAAGGAACAAAUCACGUCAAAAUGUCUACAAGUGAUGUCAAGAAGGAAGGAUUUUGGACUCGCACUUUGAAUUACGGCAGGACAGUGCUACCGAACACAAUGAAAAGUGGAGUUCUGGGCAUAAUAUCCAACAACAAAGUCACUUUAGCACACCUCGUCGUUGCUAUGACAAUGGUGGGGCUGGAGCUAUUCCUUAACGCCGAGGUCUUCAACUGUCCGCUGAAGAAUCACGUUUGCUAUGGCUUGAUGUUUCUUACGGGUCCACCCUGUAUCAUUUUCGUCGUCAAUCUGCUCAUCGUUGGUCGCAUUUGGACACUGUCCAACAGAUGUUGUGUAAAAGAGUACAGGAGGAAAGGCGAAUGCUUCUUUUACGUUUUCCCUAAUGUGGUGAAAGCGCUGGUUGGCGGGCUGGUGUGGCUGAUGGUAGCAUUCAUUGACACGAGGUACUUUGUGUGUGCCGUGGUCGGACAGGAUAUCAACAAAAGGAAUCUCACUGAUAGCGAAGAGAUCAAAUCACUGCAACAUCAAAUUGACCAUGCCAAAGGCUUAUCACAUGUGUUCGCUUGGGUUGUUUUCUUGGUCAUGGUGGUAUUUGGCGCUACAGUGGUAAUUGUAAAAAGAUGUUACAGGAAAGCCCAUGUACUUGCAGCAGAUGGUUUUAUCCUUGCGCAACGCGAAGCCAUCGUUGCGUUAAUGACCUUCAACGAGAUCACAAAUGGUUUGCGAGAUGAAUUAAAGAAAAGUGGUGUUGAAAGUGGAGAUAAAACAGAUACCAAUGAAAACAAAACGCCUGAUGCAGUUGUCCUUGAAAAUGAUGUAUCCAAAGCCGAAAAGGAUGAUGACCCAAAGACGAUGAAAGCCAAUGAAAAUGGAAUCCAGUGGCUGCCAGGAAACCCGAAAAUCCGGAUUUAUCCCGAGGGUAUUCCCGAGACGCGUGGUCGACAGCAUGUGAAAGAAAUGUUCGAGUGCCAUGAAAACGAAAAUGACUGGGAUUAUCAAGAUGCACUCAAGAAAUUUAGGGAAAUGUAUCCCAGAGCUGCAACAGGAGACCCCAGGGAUCCCUGGAGAAAGAAAGAUGUCAAACCAUGCUCGAGCACAAAAUGUGACAUAAAAGCAACAAGUAACAAGUAAUAACAAAUUAGUCAGUGAAUAUUUGAGCCCCGUUCGACAAACUAGAUCCCAGACUCUCUCUCUCUCCUUUGCCCUCCUUUUCGUCGACAAGAAAGGCAAAGGAGGCAGAGCUCGGAGUUGGCUGUUCGGAAAUUUUAAAUGAUGAUCUUUACUUGAUAUAUAUAACGUCAUAGUUCCAUGUUAUGGAUAUAAAAGGAAAUAUGUUUUGGACAUAAAGCAAAACCAAAAAAGAGGGCUCCCUAGGAGUUACGAACUGCUGCACUGAAGCAUUGUCAAUAAUCUUUUUCUUUGUUUUUGUUCGUUUUGUUUUUGGCCUUGACAGUGCAAAAAAACUCACAAAGGCUGUUUACCUCUGACUGAAAAACUAACCAAUAGAAAGGUUUUCGAUUACGUAAUUCAUGCUUAGUGCACGGGCGUGAAACAAAAGAUUCAUCAACACGGUUGUGGACCUCAGUUCCAACAUAAAUUUGUUAAACAAUUAAAAAUGCAAACCAAAAUGUAUUAAGAGGAAACUUGUUUCUGGUACAGGAUAAUAUAACCGUGGGAUAUCCGGCAGCUAGGGUUUUAAAAAAAGGUUACUUGAUUUUCUAUCUUGGUAGAGAUCAAAUUAUACUUUCUCUUUAUAUUAUGUUAUUAUGCUAUGUUAUGUUAGUAGUACCUUUAUAGAAGGAAAACUUGAUUUUAUUCGUAUUUCAUUGAGCACCAUCAUUUCCGGGAUUUUCCAGCUGCAUUUACCUUUACAUUGGUUGAUUUUCUUACGGGCAUUACAUAAAAUCGAGGUCUAAUUUUCAAAAGCGCCCUUCCUGGAAAUAGUGAUCAUUUGGAUUCCAUAACUUAUCAGAAUUUUGUUACCUAAUUCAGUUUCUGGCUAAAUCUUGUUCAUUUUGUCGACGUUUUUGGACAUUGAAGUACUGGUUGUUUGAUUAAAAUUCAUAUCUCGUUCACACUUCGCACAAAAGUGGAAAGAAAUGCGUAAAAUUAAUGAACUGACAGUUUGACACGCAGUGACUGAUGAAUCAUGUGGUUGUCCCCAUAAAAGAAACGCGAGGAGUGAACUCCUCGCAGUUGUUAGAAUCAGUCAAAAUUAAUAGUAGAAAAACUUUGUGACUAUUGUAACUGAAAAGAUGAGUGGCAAUAAAAAGUGAGUAA